CCUCUCUACCUGCAGUCUUGUUUCUCUGAUUCACGAGUGUGUGGGGGACAGUGGGCCUUGGCCGGGAGAGUUUGCCCAUCUUGGCAGGAAUGUGCCCUGCAUCUGCUGGUCCCAUGCCCAUCAGCAGCCUCAGCACAGCCACCUCUUCCUACAGAAACCAAACUCAAAAACUUCUCAUGGAACCCAGACUUUCUGGAGCCAUAGAGGCUGGAUGAACCCCCAAAACCAUUGCUCUGAGAUAAUCUUUAAAGCUUAAACCAAAAAUAUCCCCUGAAGUCUACUUAAAACCAAAGAACAGUUUAGCUUAACUAGUAAAGAAUAUCUUCCUUGAGCAUUGUGCUCGUUUAAAGAACUACCUGUACGGGAUCAAACUGACAACAGCAAGUCAAAAGAUUAGAUAGGAAGCUUAGGGGACAGUGAGUUUACGUUAGCGGUGGAGGAACAAUUUGGAAAGGGAGGGUGAGAACUGUUGUACAACUCAAAGAAUGUAACCCAUGUCACUGAAUUGUACAUGUAGAAAUUGUUGAAUUGGUGUAUGUUCUGCUGUGUAUAUUUUCAACAACAAUAUAAAACCGCAAAAACAAACCCAUUGCUGUUGAGUUGAUUCUGACUCACAACAACCCUGUAGACAGAGUAGAACUGCCCUAUAGGGUUUCCAAGACUGUAGAUCUUUACAGAAGCAGACUGCCACAUCUUUCUCCUAUGAAACAGCUGGUGGGUUUAAACCGCCAACCUUUUGGUUAUCAGCUGAGCGCUUAACCACCAUACCACCAGGGCUCCUCCAACAACAACAUAACAAAAUAAAAUAAAUUAUUGAAAAAUAAAAUCAACCUCAGUAUAACCAACAAUAGUGGUCUAAGGCCUCAUCUCUGGGCCACACUCUGUGGGUUCAACCUUGGCUUCACCACCAGCUGAGAGAACUUGGGUGAGUCAACCUCUUGCUAAGCCUCAGUUUCCUUGCCCGGAAAAUGGGGGUAGCUGUAGUAUCUGUCGAAACCCUGAUGGCAUAGUGGUUAAGAGUUUGGCUACUAACCAAAAGGUCAGCAGUUUGAAUCCACCAGGCACUCCUUGGAAACUUUGUGGGGCAGUUCUACUCUGUCCUGCAGGGUCACCAUGGGUCAGAAUCUACUCGACAGCAAUGGGUUUGGUUUUUUGGUAGUAUCUAUGAAAGCAUUCAUUAAACACAGUUGUCCAUAUAAAUCAUAGUGCCUGGCAUGAUGUGAACCCUCAGGAAGUGUGGGCCAAUCGCUAUUAAGUCCUUUCUCUCAUCAUCACUUUAGUGCUCUUGAUGGUGCAGGAGUGUGUUGUUCAUCUGGAGUGAGGCCACAGCAGCCGUGAGGCGUGGGUGGAUCUUCAGCCUGAAUCUGUAUGGACUUUCCCAGACUUGGACUAAAUUGCCCCCGAUGGUUGUGUUUUCCAGGGUGUUCAGACUUACAUCUCUUGGAUAUGUUGACCCCAACGGAGAGAAAACGACAAGGGUACAUCCACGAACUCCUUGUCACCGAGGAGAAUUAUGUCAAUGACCUCCAGCUGGUCACAGAGGGCACUGAGGGUCCGCAAGAAGAUGUCUGGGGAGAAAAUGCCGGUGAAGAUGAUCGGGGACAUCCUGAGCGCCCAGCUGCCCCACAUGCAGCCAUACAUCCGCUUUUGUAGCUGCCAGCUAAAUGGGGCAGCCCUGAUCCAGCAGAAGACGGACGAAGCUCCAGACUUCAAGGACUUUGUCAAAAGGUUGGCAAUGGACCCUCGAUGUAAAGGGAUGCCGCUCUCUAGCUUUAUACUGAAGCCUAUGCAGCGGGUGACAAGAUACCCACUGAUCAUCAAAAACAUCCUGGAAAACACUCCUGAAAACCACCCUGACCACAGCCACUUGAAACACGCCCUGGAAAAGGCAGAAGAGCUGUGUUCCCAGGUGAAUGAAGGAGUGCGCGAGAAGGAGAACUCUGACCGGCUGGAGUGGAUCCAAGCCCAUGUGCAGUGUGAAGGCCUGUCUGAGCAACUUGUGUUCAAUUCAGUGACCAAUUGCUUGGGGCCACGCAAGUUUCUGCACAGUGGGAAACUCUACAAAGCCAAGAGCAACAAGGAACUGUAUGGCUUCCUCUUCAACGACUUCCUCCUGCUGACCCAAAUCAUAAAGCCCUUGGGGUCUUCUGGCACCGACAAGGUCUUCAGUCCCAAAUCUAACCUGCAGUAUAAAAUGUACAAAACACCUAUUUUCCUAAAUGAGGUCCUAGUAAAGUUACCCACUGACCCUUCUGGAGACGAGCCCAUCUUCCACAUCUCCCACAUCGACAGAGUCUACACCCUCCGUGCUGAAAGCAUAAACGAAAGGACUGCUUGGGUGCAGAAAAUCAAAGCUGCUUCUGAACUCUACAUAGAGACGGAGAAAAAGAAGCGAGAGAAGGCGUACCUUGUCCGUUCCCAAAGGGCAACAGGUAUUGGAAGGUUGAUGGUGAACAUUGUUGAAGGCAUUGAGCUGAAGCCCUGCCGCUCACACGGAAAGAGCAACCCUUACUGCGAGGUGACCAUGGGCUCCCAGUGUCACAUCACCAAGACCAUCCAGGACACGCUCAACCCCAAGUGGAACUCCAAUUGCCAGUUCUUCAUCAGAGACCUGGAGCAGGAAGUCCUCUGCAUCACAGUGUUUGAGAGGGACCAGUUCUCCCCCGAUGAUUUUUUGGGUCGGACAGAGAUCCGUGUGGCCGACAUCAAAAAAGAUCAGGGUUCCAAGGGCCCAGUUACGAAGUGUCUCCUGCUCCACGAGGUUCCCACAGGAGAGAUUGUGGUUCGCUUGGACCUGCAGCUGUUUGAUGAACCCUAGGGAGUGUCCCAGUGGAGCUCCAGCUUGAGACAGCAGAUGCUGUCUGGAAAUCGCGUUCCUUUUCUAAGAAACCACUGGUUGGUAUUCAGCUGCAGGGCGACGGGACAGCAGAGACAGGCUUUCAACGCGUCUAGGAAUAGUCCUUGACAAUCCAUCCCCCCAAACAAUUUCCCAUUUUAUGGAACAAAAACUGUGCUUUCCUUUGUCAGUCUCACCAUGGGUUCAGGGGUCUCUGAAAUCCCGUAGCCCCCACUAGGUUUGGUUGGGAGUCUGACCCAUCUCCAGCCUUGAGGCAUUGGUCUAGCUGUUGUAAAAUAGGUUUAUAAAUGCAAUGUCUGUAUUUUUGGAGAACUCAUGUAACCUUCCUAUUUCUUACCUCUACCUGCCCCAGUAGGCGCCUGCCCUUACAAUGCCUAGCCUUUGGUGUGUUUAGAAACAGAUUAUGAUGGUCUUGUUAUGGUUCAAACUCCCGUCCCCCAGAAAGGCUCUGUGGGGCCUUAUUUGAAAUGCUGUCUUUGAGCUGAUGGCUUGGUGCGGUGGCCUCCUGAUCAGGCACCAAGUUAGCUAUUUGAAGAGCUGGUCCAUGGAAAAUUCCUGCUGGUAUGCUGUUAAAGCUGGCCAUUCCCCUCUAGGCCUUGUAUUAGUAGACGUUAAGGAAAACAUACUGAUUGAGUCCCGAUUCCCAGCAUGCUUGGAAGAUGGCUGAGGAAGCUCAUUACCUAAAAACUUGUACUCUGCUGGAUUAGACCACGGCAGGUCACCAGAAAGGCUACUUUACAACAUCACUGGGUCGUGGUUGUGCUGGAAAAUUAUCUUUUGGCUUGGAGGCCCUGUGAUGUUUCAUGACAAGAGUAGUUGCUGGUGGCCAGCUGUGAGCAAUCCAUUCUGUGCUUGAAUGUGCUGGAUCCUGAAUGUCACAAGAAAUUCCACAGCUGUUGUUGGUAUGCUCCCAGAAAGGUGUGUCCUGGAUCGAGGCCUCUUCUCCAAGGUGUAAACAGGAGAAAUGACUAGGAACACAAUCUGGAGGUGGGGUGGGAAGACAUGAAGGAAAUCUGUUACGUGGUAGGGGAAAGACCUUAGCAGCCUGCAGAUCCUGAAGUCUAGAGAGGAAGCUCCAAGAUGCUUUCCCACGCCCCUUCUUAUGCACCCCAAUCUCUCAGUAAUGGAAAUAGUAUGCCAGAGCAGGAGUGUAUGACCACGUGCCAAGCUGUCAGGUUCGAGUCCUUUGAUUUAUUUUCCUUUUAUAUGCAAGGAGGCGGGCUAAUAAUUAGAUAAUAACUUGAUUUGCUAAUGAAAAGUGUAGGCUGUGUGUAGUUCAUGUGUUAAUGUUCUCAUAAUCCCAGCUUCUUGUGGUCAUGGAAUGUUCUUUGCAUAUUCUCUUGGUACUGGAGUCUAGUUUUCCCGUGUUGGGUGGUGUUCUCUCUGACUGUCGGUCCUUAGAAGUUAAUUAGGGUAGUAGAAGAGCUUUAUAAAUGGUAGCGUCAGCAUAGUGGCAGAGUCCCUACCCUGCUGGGACCUGAAUGCGUAGUGUUAUAAUUUCCCCUAAGAGUCCCAUCUAUUUUAAGCAGUUUUUAAAAAGCCUAUGUUGGAAGGACAACAAAGUUUACAUUUCAUACUUUUAAGAAACACUUUAUUAUUUAUUUAUUGACGAUAGUGUAGAAUUUUGUAUCAGGAGCAACAGGCGUAAGUAUUUUUUGAAAUGAGCAGAUAUACCCUUUAGUUAGAAACUUUCGACUGAACAUGUUAUAGACCAAGUUUAACUUCAGGCACACAUUUGUUUACCAUGUCCCAGCAGAAAACAGGGUUAAAAUACUUUAAGUUUAUAUAUUUUUGAUGUUGUUAAGAAAUGGUUUUAAAUUAAAUCUAUACAUAGACUUCUAACUCAUGCUCUCCUGUUUCUGUAACCAAUGCAGUUUGUUCAGCGUAUUUAUGAAGGAGAUGAUCCUGUGCUAGGAAAAAAAAAAGGAUUAAAUGCAUAAAUGGGCUAGAGUUGGGUCACCAUUCCAAUCCCUUUCUUUCUGUUCUGUCUUUUCUUCAUUGACUUUAUUUGCGUGUUAGUGUUAGACUGGUCAUGUAGGUAGGUUAUGCUAUGCACAAUGACGAACAUCUUGUAAUGGUCUUAGAUCCACCAGGUCAUGCAUUCGUGGAAUCCCAUUAUUUGAAUUAGUGUAGCCUGAAAAAGCAACAUGCUAGUCUUUUUCCAGGCGAUGGCUAUGUUGAGCAUCAUUGAGGUACUCGCGCAGUGCAGCAAGUGCCGGAUAAAUGUCAUACUUACUGGUGUAAUUUGUAAUGGAAUCGCCCACACUUACAGAUGAGUUAGCUGGCCCUCCAGUUCAGCUGUGACUCAUGAAUCGUGUUAGGGGGAUAGAGGAAUGUGGGUGAUGCAUGGAGUCUUCAACCCUUUGGCCUCUACUCCUUCACCCUUCUCUGUUUUUGACUGUCUGGGAUAAACUUCACAGAGAUGAAAUGUCCCUUGCCAGUAAGCAGUCUGUCUCCUAGCUCUUUGCUUUCCAAACCAAGAUUUCUCUAGACCACUGCAUCCUGGCAUUCUAAUCCCAGCCUGUAGACACUCUAAGCAUCUUUAUUCUCUGAGCUACACUGCUUGCUCCUCCCACAUACUGACCUACUCUAAGCUCAAGAAUCGGCUUUCCUGCCCACAGAGCUGUGCUCCCUUGGGCUGGGCCUUCUUCAUAGACAGCUCUCUUUACGGGACAGUCCACAUCCCUGUCCCCCUGUGGGUACUUACCUCCCCUAGCAGGUAGACAGCAUCCUCUCCUGGUGUCAGGCCUGCUGUGACCAUGAGGGCCUGCAAGGUGGCUCACUUAGCUCCAGGGCUGGAAGAGGUGCCUUUCUGGGCCGGGGCACCAGGGAUGCCUGAGAACCCAGGGCCAGGCCUCCUUGGUUAACUGCCUGGAUCAUAUGUUCCUGUCUUCUGAUGGCAGAGGAAAAAUCUCUGCUCUCAAAGACCAGUAACGUUAGGGGGAUGAUUUUUUCUUCUUUGCUUUUUGGAGAACCUAAAGCAUGACCUGAGUACAUGAAAGUAACUGAUUUCUUCUGGUUGAGUAGCUGUGACUUUAAUUGGAAAAAAAAAAAACCUCAUGUGAAAAUGGAUAAGUUGACUACUUAAAUUAUGUCCUAUCUCAGGAACCUGGUACCAAAACCCCAGGUAUCUUCCAAGGUUGGAGUGAGUUCAAGGAAAUUAGGUGCCUUCUAAGGCUGAGCAGGUUGGGCUGCCCCUCCAGGACCUGCCCUGGGUAAGCAAGGAGCCUCUGAUCACACA